UAAAAGAAGAUAGAGAGAGAGAUUUUAUUCAAGUCGUUAACCUUAAAAAACAAUCAAAAAGAAAUAGAACACGAGCACCGUAUUGCUAUGUGCGGUGUGGCACCUGAGUGGAGAUAAUACAAACAAAACAAUGAAAAAAUAACCUUUUUGACUUUAGGUGACUUAACCCAACUAACUUAAUCAAUUCACUCUUGAACAAAAUUUGAAUACAAUUUUUAAAUUUUAGUUUUAAUUUAUUCCUUAAAAAAAAUGAAGAUGAUGAUGAACAAAAUUUCUCCCAAGAGUCUGUGUCUAAUCUUGGCUCAUACCUUGUAUUGGAGUUGUUUAAUCCACAUCGGAGAAUCAACAUCAACAUACAGCGAACACGCAUGUACAAAUUCCACGGCUUCUGCUUCUACUUUAUCCCAGGACGCCACCUACCUCGCCAAUCUCAAUCUCCUCCUCUCCUAUCUCAACUCCAACGCCACCAACGAUGCCGGUUUCUACCAAACCACAGUCGCCACCGGCACUCAAGACGCAUCUACCGGCCUCUUCCAAUGCCGCGGAGAUAUAACUGCUUCCCUGUGCAGAGAAUGCGUCUUAAACGCUUCCAGAGAGGUACUUAAACGGUGCCCACAAGAAAAGCAAGCCGUAAUCUGGUACGACGUGUGUUGGAUACGUUACCAGGACAGCUCUAUCUUCUUGCCUAAUCCGGGAAUAGUGCCAUCAACAUCGUUGCAGAGUUCGGAGACUGUGAGGGAAGCCGAGCGGUUCAACAAAUUGUUGGCGGGUGUUAUGGAUGCACUAGCGAACAAAGCCGCGAAUUCUGGGUCGGUUAAGAAGUUCGCAACGGCUGAAAAUAAUUUCACGAGUUCGGAGACCUUGUACAGCUUGGCGCAGUGCACACCAGACUUGUCGGCGGCCGAUUGCAACACGUGCUUGCGUAGCGCCAUCGGUUUUUUUCCUCAGUGCUGCAGUAGCAAAAGAGGUGGGGCCGUUUUCUUGCCCAGCUGCAUCGUCAGAUUCGAGUUCUACCCCUUCUUCAACUCCACUACUACACCUUCAAUUUCAACUGAUCAGGUUCCACUUUCAGCAGGAAAAGGAAAAAAAUCAAUAAUUACAAUUAUUGCUAUUGUUGGGCCAAUUAGUGUAGUUCUUGUAGUUUUUUUGAUUGGCUUUUGCUUCCUCCGUAAUAAAGCAAAGAAGAUAAAGAAAUAUCUCUCACUUCAGCGGCAAGACAGUGUCCGGAAUGAAAUUUCAAAGGGAGAGACAUUUCAAUUUGCAAUGGUGGAGAUUAAGACUGCCACUAACAACUUUUCUGAUGAGAACAAAAUAGGAAGAGGUGGAUUUGGGGAAGUUUACAUGGGUACGCUGAAUGAUGGAGAAAAAAUAGCUGUGAAAAGACUAAUUGGAAAUUUGGGACAAGGAGCAGAAGAACAAUUUAAGAAUGAGGCCAAAUUAAUGGCCAAACUUCAACACAGAAAUCUUGUAAGGCUAUUAGGAUUUUGCUUGGAAGCAGAAGAGAAAAUUCUCAUCUAUGAAUAUGUGACUAAUAAAAGCCUUGAUUUCUUUUUAUUCGAUGAAGAUAAGAAAAACUUAUUAGAUUGGUCAACACGAUAUAAGAUUAUAUCAGGGAUUGCGAGAGGGAUUCUUUAUCUUCAUGAAGACUCUAGACUAAAAAUUAUACACCGUGAUCUAAAAGCUAGCAACAUUUUAUUAGAUGACCAUAUGAUUCCUAAGAUUUCAGAUUUUGGCAUGGCAAAGGUUUUUGUUGUGGACCAAACUCAUGGAAAUACCAAUCGUAUUGUUGGAACUUAUGGCUACAUGUCUCCAGAGUAUGCCAUGCAUGGUCAAUUUUCUUUUAAGUCAGAUGUGUUCAGCUUUGGAGUGUUGGUGCUAGAGAUUCUCAGUGGCAAGAGAAACAAUUUUUUCUAUCAAUCACACGAGGGUGCAGACCUUUUGAGCUAUGCUUGGGAGCUUUGGAAGGAAGGGACUUUCUUGGAAUUGUUGGAUCCAACUCUAAGAAAUUCCUUCUCAAGAAAUGAAGUGGUUAGAUGCAUUCAUAUGGGAUUGUUAUGUGUUCAAGAAAAUCCUGUUCAUAGACCCACCAUGGCAACAAUAGUUCUCAUGCUCAAUAGUUACUCUGCUAUACUUCCACCACCUCAACAACCAGCCCUUUAUAAUCAUAAUAGAACACAAUCGAGCACGACAACUACGGGUGAGCACCAGUUUCACCAGUCUAUGCCUAAUUCAUCACAAUGGUCUGCUAAUGACGGAUCCAUGAUAACUGAAGUCUAUCCUCGAUAGAGUAUAGAUUUCACAAAGCUCAACUGUUUUCUAGUUUCCUUAAUAAUUAAUAUUGGUACAUGUAUAGGGUACUAUUUAGAUUAAGACAGGAAAUUAAAUAGUAGUGGAGUUAAGGAUUUGAGUUUUUAAGAGAACACCAUAUAAAUUUUCAUUGAACUUAACAAUACAAAAAUAUAUGUUCUUAGUAAAA